GCCGCGCGGAAUGAUGGGAGGCGUAAACGGAGGCGGAAGUGGAGCUUGGUGGGGAUUUCGUCGAAAGAGCUGCGAAAAUGGCGUCUACGGCGGCUGGAAAACAGCGGAUCCCCAAAGUAGCCAAGGUAAAGAACAAAGCCCCAGCAGAAGUACAGAUCACAGCAGAGCAGCUCUUAAGAGAAGCAAAGGAGAGAGAGCUUGAGCUUCUUCCCCCACCCCCGCAGCAGAAGAUCACAGAUGAAGAAGAACUAAAUGAUUAUAAGCUUCGCAAAAGAAAAACUUUUGAAGAUAACAUAAGAAAAAAUCGUACAGUUAUCAGCAACUGGAUCAAGUACGCACAAUGGGAGGAAAGUCUCAAAGAAAUACAAAGGGCUCGUUCCAUCUACGAGCGUGCUCUAGAUGUGGAUUACCGAAAUGUCACCCUUUGGCUAAAGUAUGCGGAAAUGGAAAUGAAAAACCGCCAAGUCAAUCACUCUCGAAAUAUUUGGGACCGUGCCAUCACAACUUUACCAAGAGUCAAUCAGUUCUGGUACAAAUAUACCUACAUGGAAGAGAUGUUGGGAAACAUUGCUGGGACCCGCCAGGUGUUUGAGCGCUGGAUGGAGUGGCAGCCAGAGGAACAAGCCUGGCAUUCCUUCAUUAACUUUGAGCUGAGAUACAAGGAGGUGGACAGAGCACGGGCUAUUUAUGAAAGAUUUGUCAUUGUGCAUCCUGAUGUUAAGAACUGGAUCAAGUAUGCCCGUUUUGAAGAAAAACAUAGUUAUUUUGCCCAUGCAAGGAAGGUUUUUGAGAGAGCCGUGGAAUUCUUUGGAGAAGAACAUAUGAAUGAACAUCUGUAUGUGGCCUUUGCCAAAUUUGAAGAGAACCAGAAAGAGUUUGAACGUGUGAGAGUAAUCUACAAGUAUGCCCUGGACAGGAUCCCAAAGCAUGAGGCUCAGGAACUCUUCAAAAAUUACACCAUUUUUGAGAAAAAGUUUGGAGACCGGAGAGGAAUUGAGGAUAUUAUUGUUAGCAAAAGGAGAUUCCAAUAUGAAGAAGAAGUGAAGGCUAAUCCACACAAUUAUGAUGCCUGGUUUGAUUACCUGCGGCUUGUGGAAAGUGAUGCAGAUCCUGAUGCUGUACGUGAAGUUUAUGAAAGAGCCAUUGCCAAUGUGCCGCCAAUCCAAGAAAAGAGGCACUGGAAGAGAUACAUCUAUCUGUGGAUUAAUUAUGCACUCUAUGAAGAGCUAGAGGCAAAGGAUCCAGAGCGAACAAGACAAGUAUAUCAAGCAUGCAUUGAACUCAUCCCUCACAAAAAGUUUACCUUUGCCAAAAUAUGGUUGCUAUAUGCUCAAUUUGAAAUCAGACAGAAAAGUCUACAGCUUGCAAGACGAGCACUGGGAACAUCCAUUGGUAAAUGUCCAAAGAAUAAGUUGUUUAAAGGUUACAUUGAACUGGAGCUGCAACUGCGGGAAUUUGAUCGUUGCCGAAAACUAUACGAGAAGUUUCUUGAGUUUGCACCCGAAAACUGCACUUCAUGGAUCAAAUUUGCCGAGUUAGAAACCAUUCUUGGUGAUAUUGAUAGGGCCAGAGCUAUCUAUGAAUUGGCGAUUGGCCAGCCACGUUUAGAUAUGCCAGAGGUUCUUUGGAAAUCCUACAUUGAUUUUGAAAUUGAGCAAGAAGAAUACGAGAACACAAGGAACCUUUAUCGGCGAUUGCUCCAGCGAACACAGCAUGUCAAGGUGUGGAUCAGUUUUGCUCAGUUUGAACUCUCGUCAGGAAAUGAUGACAGUGUAACGCGAUGCAGGCAAGUCUAUGAAGAGGCUAAUAAAACAAUGAGAAAUUGCGAGGAGAAAGAGGAGAGGCUUAUGCUUCUGGAAUCCUGGAGAAACUUUGAAGAGGAGUUUGGAACAGAAGCCAGCAAAGAGAGAGUGGACAAACUGAUGCCAGAGAAGGUUAAGAAGAGGAGAAAGCUCCAAGCUGAAGAUGGGUCUGAUGCUGGCUGGGAGGAAUACUAUGAUUACAUCUUUCCCGAAGAUGCUGCCAAUCAGCCGAACCUCAAACUGCUUGCAAUGGCUAAAUUGUGGAAGAAGCAGCAACAAGAUGACAAUCCAGAACAAGAUCCAGACAAAGACAUUGAUGAGAGCAGCCCCUAAUGUUACCUUGGAAUUCCUGUUUGUUUUUUAUAGAACUUUUUUUGCAAUUGAUAUAAUAAAUAUUUCCCAAAAAAAAGGGUAAUGUUUGGAAUGUGGGAGGAAUGAUAACAGUACUAAUGUUAUUCUACCAUGAUAUAAUAAUUGAUAGGAAACAUAGCAUGCCUUUUGCUUUAAAGGGAUUAUGAAGCCAUGAGGAAAAACUUACUUGCAGUUGCUAUAGUUUUUUGGCAGUUUGAGUUUGCUUCUAUUCCUGGUUAGUAAAAGAAAAACCCACCUCCUCACACAUUAGUGUUAUGGAAAGACAAAGUAGGAAAAUGUUUGUUAAUUAAGAGCAUUUCUCUCUAGAAAAAUGCUUUCCUGUGCCAGUCCCCCAAAUUGUCAGGAUUACAAGUUUCACAUUCAUGCAUUUGUCAUAAGGUGAUGAUGGGAAGCAUACCCUGCAGUAGUUUCAGUUCUAAAUUUCCACUGGCAGAAUUGUUUCCUAUGACUUGCCCCUUUAGUACUACAAGGAGAGUAGGAAUAGGGGAUUCAUUGCAGAGCUGAAGCAAGAUAGGCCAAAGAAAUUUGUUCACAUGCUGCUUACAUACUUCACCAUCCUGCUCUUUUCUUUAAAAUAUUUUUACAGUACAUUAAUUUAACAUGUGAUGGAUACUGUAGAGGAUUUUAUUAAGAGAAGUAGGGUUCUUCUACACCAAGAAAGAGCCUGGCCAGCUUUAUAAAACCCCUUUUUACCAGCCAGCAUCUCUUUACAUGCUGGAUAGUGAGCAGGUCCAAAUCAGUCUGUUAAAAACAAGCCAGCUGAGAAAAGAUGACACCCAUGAACUGAACCGUAUUCCCCACAAUACAAUGUGUGAGUCCACAUAGGACUGCUAUUUAUAAAAACAAUAUGGGUAUAGACUUCAUCUCUAGAGAAGUGCAGGAAACAAUAGAUCAUGUGGUAGUAAAGAUCCUGACAAUUUUGGCUUUCAUUAAAAAGAGAGCAGGCAGCAAAAUCCCCGUAAACAAAGCUUUCCAAUAACCAUCCUGUGAUUUGCCAUAAAACAGAAAUGAAAUUGCACAAAAUUUAUUAAUCAUUCCAAUUUUCUUGGUACCGGUUGCCAUUUGAUUGAAUACAAAAUUUCCCUGAAAAGAAACAUGGAUCAUGUUCCCACAGGUCUAAAUCCAGUUACUAGUCCUCAUUACAAUUCCUUUUAAAAUAAGAGUUAAGGUACAUUGGGCCACUGGUAAUUUAACUGAAAAUUUGGGAGUGGAUUGUUUGACAAAAAUGUCAAGACAUAUACAUGAGUAUAUAGAGAAUAUAAAACUCAUGGCUGAGAUUUAUAUACGUGUCAGCUUUUUGUUCAUAGGGCCAUGCAUUCCUUGACAGCCUAUCCAUCUAUAGCAUGGUUCUCAUCUUUUCCUAUUGCCCUCCACCAAAUAUUACUGUUUUUUUCUAGAGAUAUGUGUCUUCUCAUGAUAUAUCCAAAAUAGGAUAGUACAGUCACUUUGGCUUCAAAGGAGAGUUCAGGCUAGAUUUGAGAACCCAGUGAGUGGUCUUUUUCAACAGUCCAUGUUGUCUACAGAAAUCUCCUCCAAUACAUUUCAAAUGGAUAUAUUUGACUUGCCAUUCCACAACUUUCAGUAGGUUUACACUAGCUGAAAUUAUUAGCAAGUCUAUUUAGGUCAUUGUAACUAGUCCAGCAAGAUCAUUCUAGCAUGGUAAGUGACUAACAGUCCUUCCACACAGCUGUAGAAAAUCGACAUUGAACUGGCAGUGUGGACUCAGAUACUCCAGUUCAAAGCAGAUAUUGUGGGUUAUCUGCCUUGAUAUUCUGGGUUAUAUGGCUAUGUGGAAGGGCUUUAAGCAAGCUGAUUGUAGGAGAGCUCAUCUGCAAUACCAACCUUCACAAUGACCAAAAUAGGCACAUGCAGGUGUAAGAUCAAGCCACUAACAAAAUGCCAACCAUAGAAAUAAUUGUUUUAUUUGAUUUGUAUCUUGAUUUUCUCCUAUACUGGACCCUAAGCAAUAACUACAACAGGCUCACUUAUUACCUGAGGGAUCAAUUCCAGGACACUACUUUUGUGUAUAAUCUAGAACCCUAUUUUCUUACUUGAAAUUAUUGAUAUAUUUGCCUUCUGGCUAAGACGUACCACAGAAUCACGCAAGAGUACCUACUGGUAGAAUGUGACCAUAAGACAUGUACUGGACACUGCAGAGAAUACGUGUCUAGCCAUCACUAGGUAUUCCUGGGUGAGUCUAUGAUAUUCAAAAGUCUUCCUGUAUAAAUACAACUGCAUUCAAGGAGCUUGUGCAAUAAGCGGAUCUACUAUAUUUUCAUUUCCUUUAUUGAUUUGAUUUUGUGUUAAGGCUCCAAUUUUAACAAAGCAAUAAGACAUCAUUGAAGUGCUUACUCAAAGUUAAAAAACUCAAAACCAUUGCCAUUUAUAGAAAUAGUUCAAAAUACCCAAGGAAUUAUUUGUGGCUUAAAAAUUAAACCGUAAGUGACAAAUAUUCCAAUUUCAAUUCCAAGUCUGUUCCUGUUUCAGAAGCAUUAGAAGAUUUAAAUUGUCCUUCGCACAUGUUCCUUGUUGCUCCAUGGCUUCCAAAUUACAUUCAGGAUAAAUGCUGCCAAUGACAAUUGAAAGUAUUGCCAGCAGUCUACAGAUUUCUUUUUCAUUAUGCUGCAUACAGAAUCUGAAGUAAAGCUCAUUCAAUAUCUUCCGGUCUGACAGGAUGUGGUAGUGGCACAAUUGAUUUUUUCUCUGUAUCUCUGGACAAGGCUUUCCUCAUAUCUGUAAAAAUCAAAAACACAAAAUAUUUUAAUUGAAUGCACAGUACAGAUUCCUCAGAAGAUUACAUUACAAACAGCAUUACUUAUUUGCAUUUGCAAAUAAGUAAUCAAAGCAUCAGGUGCCUUAAUUGCUAACCAUGUAUUAAUGCAACUGAUACAUUUGAUAUGAAUCAUACUGGCUUCCAUUUGGUACAGAUUUCACUGUUACCAGCUAUCAUUCUCCUUAAGUACUCAAAAUCUGUAUUUUACCCUAUGGUAUUAAAAUUACCUUAUGCCAGUAACUGAAAAUGCCAAGUAAUUACUAUUUGUGUAUUUAUCUUUGGGUUACUGUUCCCUUAAAUAGGCUAAUCAGUGAACAGGUUAAGGGUCUGCACAUACGUUUAUAGUUACUAGUCACCCAGCACCAUCUUAGACAGCCAUGGAACAUCAACAACGAGGAGCUUGGAGGAAAGGGCAGUGUUUGUUUGCUGCAGGCUGCCUUUGACCUCAGCUCCUGGUGACUGGCUCCUUGCAGACUCUGGCCCUGACUGCCUGGCUGAAGAAAGGCCCAGCAGAAACACCUGCUGCCUCCUAUGGCUGGGGCAUAAAAGGAGGAUGCUGGCAAGGGCCCAGUGCAUCCAAGAGAGUCAAAGAAGACAUUAAGACCAUGAAGGGGGAGGGGGAAGGUGUACCCAGAUGCUGUUUUUAUAUUUUUAUGUUUUAAUAUCUUAAUGUUAAUGGUUUUAAAUUAUAUUUAUAUUUUAUUUGUUUCUAUUGAUUUUUUGUUAUGUUUUAUUUGCAUUGUAUAAUGUGGCAUUGCAUUUUUGUCUAAAUAUAUGUUGUACGCCGCUCUGAGUCCCCUGCGGGGUGAGAAGAGCGGGAUAGAAGUGAAGUAAAUAAAUAAAUAAAUAAUA